GACCAACGUCGGAGCUCGCCGUGCCUGUGAACUUCAUCUCGUGCCACCGUGGACCUCAUCGGGAAGCCUGAAGAGAUAGGGGCUUUUCAUUGAGAAAAAGAAUCACCGCAAUAGCAUUGGCUUUGAAACCAAGGAAUUGCAAUCGGGGAACCUGGUGUCCUUCCUAUGUUUCUGUGACCGUUCGACAAGAUUAGAAGUUAAAUUAUCCUAAUUCGGAGUCAUUAUCCUAUUAUAGCGGCAGGAUGACGAAUCCCAAUCGCGAAAGGCCAAAACCGGAAAUUUCAAACGCCAGUCAUUUGGCGAAGCGGAGGAUGUCUUCUCAAAUGGAAUCUUCUAGCACUCACAUGAAGAAGCGGCGGUUGUUCCUGAAGUCGGAGCCUGUAACCCGAAACCCUAGGCCUAAUCGGAGCUUGCACACUUCGAAUCAAUUCAAAGCCUUCCGUUCUUCCUCUCGAGGUCGUAGAAAGAAAAUGGCAAGAAAAUCCAAUAACGAGGUGUCUUCUCGGAGAUGGGUUUUUUCUUCCGAAGAUCAUUUUAACAAUAAGGAUAAGAUUGUGGUUGUGUCAUACAAUAUCCUCGGUGUUGAAAAUGCGUUAAAGCAUCCGGAUUUGUAUUCUAAUAUCCCACAUCGUUUUUUGGAGUGGGACCGUCGGAAAUUACUUAUACGUGAGGAGGUUUAUAACUACAAUGCUGGCAUAAUAUGUUUCCAGGAGGUUGAUCGCUUUGAUAACUUGGAUAAUCUUCUCCAAAAUGAUGGCUUUAAAGGUGUUUACAAGGCUCGCACAGGGGAAGCAUAUGACGGGUGUGCUGUAUUCUGGAAAGACAAAUUAUUUACCCUUUUGCAUGAAGAAGACAUAGAGUUCCAACAGUUUGGCCUUCGUAACAAUGUUGCCCAGCUUUGCAUUUUUGAGGUGAACCAUGAUACGUUGGAAUCUGAUGUAUGCAGCCCAACAGCAUUGACACCAUUUACAAGAAAUAGAAGAUUUUUAGUAGGAAAUAUACAUGUGCUGUUCAACCCAAAUCGAGGAGACAUCAAGCUGGGCCAGGUCAGACUUUUUGUUGAUAAAGCUUACAAGCUAUCCCAAGAAUGGGACAACAUUCCUGUUAUUCUUGCUGGCGAUUUAAAUAGUGUUCCACAAAGUGCGAUAUAUGAAUUCCUGGCUUCUUCCAAGUUGGACAUCCAAUUGUAUAAUCGCAGGAAUAUGUCAGGACAGCUUGAAGCCUCGUCUAGCUGUAGAGUUUUCAGACCUGAAGUUGGUUAUGAAGCCAGCAUUUCAAUGUCUGUUCGGAGGCAACUGGGAUAUAGAUGGAGUAAGGAAGAAUUAGGACUUGCAACUGGUGCAGCAGGAGUCACUCAUCUACGGAGUCAUCUAAAGCUCCAAAGUGCAUAUGCCGGUGUUCCUGGAAACAAUAAAACAAGGGAUGACACUGGGGAACCGUUGGCAACAUCGUACCACUCCAAGUUCAUGGGAACUGUUGAUUAUAUCUGGCAUACAAAGGAAUUUGUCCCAGUCAGAGUUCUUGAAACCUUGCCCAUUGAUAUUUUAAGAAGAACCAAAGGACUUCCCAGUGAGAAAUGGGGAAGUGACCAUCUUGCUCUUGUAUGUGAGUUUGCUUUCGCAAGCAACGAAGAUCGAUCCCAAUUUGCUUGAGUAAGAUAUUCCAAUAUUGUGCUGGAUGUACAAACUUUUGAGGUGAUCGACAAGAUGCCAGCAUCGAGGAACUCAGAGAACUGUUGUCACCAAUGAUCACUUUAAAACCAAUGAUCAAUGCUCAGUUUCUUACCCUUCCUGGUCCUCUUAAUCUCUCUCUCUGCUCAUUGCUAGCACUGCAAAGGCCCAUCAUGAGCAUAAAUUUAUCGUUGCCGAGGAUGUACAAACUCCCUUAAAAGUAUGCUGCGUGAAAGUCCUUUUGAAACUCAUUGAACAAAAUCGGCACAAGUGAAUGCUUCAGAUAUCCGCUUUUGCCGAGAAGCAUUAGUAUAUCUCGAGGUAUUACAAAGGCUCAGAGGCACUGAAGCCGUUAUACAUUCCAGUUCCUUGUAACAUGCGGAAACAACUUUGAUUCUUUGAAGUUGUAUAAGCUUAUCCCAUUUGAUUAGAGAAGUUAGUCUCAUAUGGUGCGGUACUUUUAUGUGUUCAUGUAAUAGCAUUCUCUUAAAGUUGUAUCAGACCAUAAAGAUGUUGCCUACUGUAUGAUAGGACGGAAUUCUUGCCAAUUUCUUAUCAGCGAGUGACGCUAUUUACAAAAAGGGAAUUGAGAAGUUAAUGAGAAGGGAAAAGCUUUCUUUUGUA